CAUCUUCUCUGCACAUAACACAGUGCCGCUUAUAUCGAUCUCCCCUAUAAGUACCCAUCCAUGCAAUUGCAAUGUGUUUAUGCAGCACCAAGUUAGCAACCAGGCUCAGAAGAUUAAGAAACAAGCUUCUUGAGGUCCACUUAGCCGGCUGGUCCAUCGACGAUGAGCUCCAUGGAGGUUCCAGUUGGCACGGGAGACCUCGCCGGCGAGUCGUGGCAGAAGUCAUGGCCAGAGGUGGUGGGCAAGUCCAUAAAGGAGGCCAGGGAGAUCAUACUCAAAGACAAGCCCGACGCCGACAUUGUCGUGCUGCCAGCUGGGUCACCGGUGACCCGGGACUUGAGGCCCAACCGCGUGCGCAUCUUCGUCGAUAUCGUCGCCGACACACCCUUCACAGGCUAGCUCUAGCUAUGCAGGCGCGAAGGAAUGUAUGCGUGCCCCAUGCAUGCACGCUCAUGAAUAAGUUUUAAGUAAUGGAUGAAUAAAUGCUAGCAUGUCGAGCAUCAGCAUGCCAUGGGUUGGUGUAACUUUUCGUUUCGUCCACUUAUGUGUACUUUGUUUGUGCUCUGGACUAAUUCCUGUUUGAAAGAGCACCAGGUUUGUAGUAUCUUAUUAUCCACAAAAUUAGAGAUUGGCAUUGGCCUUCCUAGUCUUUC